CCGAUGACGGCGCAGAGCCCGCACGGCGUCCGUCCAGGUCAACUGGUUUUAUCGCGUCGUCCGUCGCGUGUUUUUCCUUCUUUAAAAUCGUUUUUCGUUUGUCGCCGUUUCAAUAAUUCGCAGUGUGUGUGGUGGUGUCGCGUGUGCAGGUGUGCGGAUUCGAUCGGCAGUUGAUAUUUUUCGUGUGUGGUGCAAUAUACGCACAUUACGACGAGUCGCUGCAGGUAAACGAGACGGCAGCACGGUACAUUAUUGUUAUUACGUACCUACAGGCUACACAGAAGCCCGGUUGGGGUCGGCAGACGGACGCGGUACGACGACGAAGCGUUUUACUCUUCUGCGUUAUUAUAGCAAUAUUAUCGUAUUAAUAUUUUCUUCGUUGUCGUCGCCGUAUUAUUUUUAUUUAACAGCGGCAGCACACCUGUUGACCGCGGUGCUGUAAUCGUGUUUUUCUCGGAUUUUCGCGCUAUGCGUUUCGCGACGGUCGUCACCGCGAACAUCCCGACGACGACGUCGAUCGAGCCGACUGCUGCUGUGGCGGUGGCUAGUCGGUAAACGAGCGCGGUCGUUCCGUGCCGACGGCGUUUAUAUAGUUUUGACCAUCGCGGUACCUACCUACGGUUACCAACCGCUCGUCUCGUAACAAUAUAACGGUCACCUCCCGGCAUAGCCAUUCGGUCCAUCGUAGAGAUGCUGUGCGCCGAGGAACUGAUCGGCGGCUUCGACGAGGCGGACGCGUCGGCGUUCAAGUCGCCCAUCCGCAGACUCGGCUCCACCAGGAAGAUACUGUACUUCAACAAUAUCCGCCUCCAGCUUAACGAACAUCUACGAUGUCUGGACAGCCGAGUCGAAGCACAAGUAUCCUUGGUAUCCGAACUUCAGGAUUACUUCAGAAGGCGGGCCGAGGUAGAAAUGGACUACAGCAAAAGCCUGGAUAAAUUGGCUAAGAGCUUACAACUUCGCCACAAAGAACAAAAACAAAAGAGAGAGCAGUGGUCGUUGUUUACCAGCUACUCGUGUUGGCAGCAACUGGUGCUGCAAACGAAAAAUCUCAGUAAAGAUCAUGGAGCGCUCAGUGAGCUUUAUUCCACUCAUCUAGUCAGCCGAUUGUCUCAGGUCACUGAAGAUGUGCAAAGGAUAUACAAAAGAUGCCGGGAGAUUUGUUACGAAAUCCACGAGGAAAUAUUACGGGUUCUCCACGAACUGCAUACCACCAUGAAAACGUAUCAGUCGUAUCAGACGGAAGCCAAACAGGCAGAAGCGAAGCUUAAAGUGGCUGAAAAUCAAAGACUGAAAAUCGAACAGGCAGUUCCUAAAGAAAAACUCGAUAAGUCAAAAAAAGUUAGACUUAUUGGGAAAGAAGUUCAAAAAAGAAAGAACAAAUACUUCGAUGCCAAACUAAAAGCAUUGAAAGCUCGCAACGAGUACAUUCUGUGUCUGGAAGCAACCAAUAGCACAGUGCACAAAUACUUUGUCGACGACUUAUCCGACCUAAUGGACUGCAUGGAUUUUGGAUUUCACCACUGCGUGACCAAAGCUUUAAAGAUGCAAACAUCGGCGGAAGAAGGCCGCAUUCAUUCCAUGCAAGCUGGCCUAGACGCUACUAAUCUAAUUGUCUCAGCUAUGGACUCUGGUGUGGACAAACAACGAUUUUUAGAAUUUAACCACACCGCGUUCAUGAUACCUAAGAAAUUUGAAUUCCAAGGGCAAAAGGAUGAGUAUGCGGAACCAGAAUUGCAAAAAUUGCUCUGUGCUGAUAUGGAGACGAGGUUGGAACAGCUGAAUCAGAGAGUUACGAGCCUGCACACGGAGUCGGACGAGGUGUGGAAAACACUCGCCACCGCUGAAAAAACUCUUUUGGAGAUGCUUACUGCCAACGACUACGACUGUAGCAAUUAUUUCGGCGAAAAAGCAAUUCCGACGAGCAAACCACCGGAAACCAUAAGUAUUAAGUUGCGAGCAGACAAACACGAGACUGAAGAAUUUUAUCUAACCAAACUACGCGAUUAUCUCAUGAGAACGAGUCGAAUCGUACGUCUAGAUGCCAAACAGCAGCACAUUAGCGAAACGUUAACGUCCAUAUGUUGCAAGCGUCCCCAAAAUGGCAACGUCGACGUGACGCCCGCUAAACUGACGCCUCAGCGACCGUUGCACAAACCGAUUGUCCGGAGGAAGAGGAUCGGCAGGUUACAGAUGAACGGUCAACCAAAACUGUUUGGCGGGUCACUGGAAGAAUAUUUGGAUGCGACGAACCAAGAGAUACCGCUGGUAAUCAAGAGCUGUAUUCGAGUGAUAAACUUAUACGGUCUUCACCAUCAAGGAAUUUUCAGAGUGUCCGGCUCGCAGGUAGAAAUCAACAAUUUCAAAGACGCGUUCGAGAGGGGCGAAGACCCGCUUGCCGAUAUGACGGACGCCUCUGACAUAAACUCCGUGGCUGGAGUGUUGAAAUUAUACUUACGUGAACUCCGAGAACCUCUGUUCCCAAUUAUUUAUUUCGACCAAUUUAUGGAACUUGCCCAACUCGAAUCACGUCAUAAAUUUGUUUUGAAGAUUAAAGAACUCGUUCAAAGCUUUCCAAAUCAAGUGGUUGUCAUGUUGAGAUAUUUAUUUGCGUUCCUAAACCAUUUAUCCGAGUUCAGCGACGAAAACAUGAUGGAUGUCUACAAUCUGGCUAUUUGUUUUGGUCCGACAUUAGUGCCGGUCCCCGAAGAAAAAGACCAAGUUCAGUACCAGAACCUGGUCAACGAUCUCAUAAAAAAUAUUAUUCUAUUCCACGAAGACAUAUUCCCGUCGCUGUCGGAUAUCGGUGGGCUUGUGUACGAAAAGUACAUAUCCCGCGAGCCCGAUGACGUGGACGUGGGCGAUUCACCUUCUGACCAUGCCACAGAGGACAUCGACUCUGAGGUUUACCCAUCAGAAGACGAAUGUGAAAGUCUCGAGGCUACAGCACAGCAUGAUUUUGUUGCUCGAUCAGAACGGGAAUUAAGUUUCAAGAAGGGUGAAACUAUUGCUCUUCAUACACAAGUUUCUGGAGAUUGGUGGCGUGGUUGUGUCAACGGUCGAGAAGGUCUUAUACCGGACAAAUAUAUACUUCUUAAGAUCAGAGACGAAGAACGCGAGAAACCUGCGGCCGAACCCUGCGCCAAGUCCAUCACGUCCUCGGACGAUUCGACCAGACGGCGGACGUCCAGCUCCAACGAUUCGGUGCUGUCUGAGUCCGCUGCUUCCGGUUACUCUUCGCCGCCGCUGGCCGACGUGCCGUGGCCACCGAACUCGGCGGGCUCCGGGACAGCGGCCGGUGGCCGGAACUCGGCGUCGUCUUCGCCGCACCGCCGGGCCGUGGCUGACGCGCCCACUCACGAGAUGGGCAGCACCGACAGCUUGGACUCUGGCAAGGACUCGGCGUUGGACUCUGAGUCGCCACUGCACGACGGCACCCCGAGAGCCGUCGUCCCGUGCAAGCAGCAGCCGCCGAUCGCGGAAGGGCGGCGGAAGAGAGCGGAAAAGUACUCGGCGUCGUCGCCGCCACCUGUAGCAGCCCGCGAACACCACAACCGGUCCAAGUCGGCGGACUGCUGUGGCGUCGGCGGCGGCGACGAGGACGGUUCACGGGCCAGGACGCACGCCAAGAGCCUGAGCCUGGGCGACGACUCGUUCGACCACAAGAUCCAGCUGUGGCGGAAGCGGGCCGACUCGCAGGGAUCCAUCGACCGGAAGCCGCUGCCCGCCGUCCGGCACCAGCUCCAGCAACACGCCGCCGACAUGAAGGGUACCGGCGGCGCCCCCGAUCUGGUCAUGGACCUUCCGGCCAGGACUUCCAGCGGCGGGGCGGCUGUGCAGGACGCGGUGGCGGCCCAAGAGCCCGACAGCCCGGACAUGGGCACGGCCGCUGAGCGUUUCGCCAAGCAGAACCAGUGCACGUUGAAGAAGUACAGCAAACCGUUGCCCGCGGUGCCGCAGCUGGCCAACGGUGGCGGCGACAAGCCCGAACUUCCGCCCAAGUCGACCAAGCCUCCGCUCAAGGCCAAGCCGCAGAUAUUCAAAAAACCAGUUUUCCUCGCGGCCGGCAAGGCGUGCAACGACGGACCGGCAUCACCACACCACCCUUAGUAGUACCUAUCCACGUACGACCGCGACCGGUUGUGUGACUUCCGGUUUUGGUUUCCGAAACGUCCUCCCUCCCACAAAAUAUAUGGACAUAUUUAUACGACCGCCGACAACUAAUAACGAUGAUAAAAUCUACUUAAUUCCUUGUGUAUACCAUUUAAGCAGGGGGACCUAUCAACCCUCUAACGACUGUUCCCUGUGAUCCUUCUUAGUUACGCAACUGUGCGACCACUCGUCGACCCACCCCUAACCGUAUGCAAUUUAGUAUAUACUAUAAAUGUGUUGUCCAGUCAAAUCCGAUUGUGACCUAACCUUUUAGUAUACAACGAUCGUCCCUGCAGUGUCAACACAAUAUAAUAAUAUUAUAAUACCUACGUUACCUGCAGCAGUCGCUACCAUUGACGUGAUAGUUUUAUAUAUUAUCCACGAUAAAAUUGUACGCAUAAAGCCUAUAAUGAAAUAAUAAAAUUUAUAAUCUUCGAUAAACGGUCAUUCCUUUUUCAAACCAUUCUUUUUAAAAUAUUAAUGAUAUAUAUAUUUAUUUAAACAUUAUUUUUUAAUCGAUAUUAUAUUAUUAUACUAUAUAUUAUAUUAUUACAAUACGUCGUGUUUUAGUCAUCACAAUUCUACCGUGUGCAUUUAAUAACUGUCGUCCGUGUGCGUGUGUGCAGUUUCCUACGUCCCCGAGUGUUUACACGAAAUAUUCACAAAAAUAAUCAUAAUAUAUUUAUUAAAUCGAACCUGAUCUCAUAUUAUUGUAUUAUAAUAAAAAAAAAAACAUACACCAAUAAUAUUAUUAUUCAAAGUUACUAUAGUAGAUUCUGCGUAAGGAGUUUUUGUGCGCAACAACGCGAAGGCCUAUUUAUUUAUUUUUUCGAUUUACGCUCAAAUCGCGUUCGAAUACUAAAUAAUAAUUAUAAUUAUAACACUAUUCGCAUGUAAACGUACCUAAUUAAUAUUACUAGCGCCCGUUUGGUUUGUUCGGACAUUUUUCGAUCGAGGCGCCGUGUUGAAUGGCACUCAAUCCGAAACGCUCUCGGCGAGACCUGUCAAGAACGUCUGAAUUCCAAGAGGAUCGCACCGCGCCGCUCCCACGUGGACAAUAAAAACGUAAUGAAUUGUCGAGCUCAUUGAAUUGCGUCGAGACUGAAAAUAUUUUCGUGCUUUUUACCCUUUUUACAAGUGGAACGAGACUGAUUGUGUAGUAUUUUAUGAACAGAUCAUGAUGAUAAUAUUAUAUAGGGUUUGUAGAUUUUGUAUUGUACGCGGAAUUCAAGGGAAAAAUUGUAAGUCGAACUUUAUAAUAAUAUUUAAUAAGUCAUGUUGUCCAAAUAAUUAUUAUCGGUACCCGUGUCAAAUAUUAAUUAAUGUUCCGUUCCGUUUUUAAUCGAUCUGUUCGUUUAUAAUAUAAUAUAUUGUUUACUCAUUGUAAGGUAAUACUUCCGUCAGGACACCAACAACGUUAUUACGUCACCGAAACAUUACAAUAAUAAUUCAUAUGUAUAUUAUUAUUCUUUUGGGCGCAGAUACUAAGGGAUGAGGGCCAUAUUUCAUAAGACCUAGAGAUAUCCUCCCCCUUCCCCCCGGCCCGACAAAUCGUUUGAGAUGUAAUUUACUGUUAUGAGAUGAUUUCGUUUUGUAUUACACUACUGUAUUAUCAUAUUAUUAUAUUAUACUAAUUAGUAGCUAUCUAUAUUAAUAUAAUAUUAUAAACAUUCCCUUCUGAACGGCCCUCCUCCCAUUUUUAAUCCUGGUUCCGUGCCAGUAAUUGUUUCCUCCGCGAUAUUUUAUAAAUCGUAUUCAUUUGAAAUAUAUUAUAUAUUAUAAGUAUACCUAUAAUAUAAUAAAUUUAAUAUUAUAUAAAACAUUAUUAUAUUAAAUUAUCUAAGCGUACUUCCCGAAAAGAUUUUGCGUACUUGCAUCAAAAUCAUAUUAUUAUUAUUUUUUUUUUUAAAUUGUUGUAAUAUUAUUUUUAUUAUUAUCAUAUUUUAAGUUGCUAUACUUUGGACGGGUAAAUUAUGUUAACGUGUGCAUAACGGCUUGUAAACGCCAACACAUUGGCCAACCGAAAUGUUUUUUCCAUUUUGAUAUUGUUUUAAAAACGUUAUUUUAUACAUGAAUUCAUUAUUUUAUGUCGACAGGGUGAUAUACCAUAAACAUCGUCCUCCGUCAAGAUUUGCGAUUGAUGUAAUAAUAUUGUUCUACCCAUAAAAUUAUUUUUUUAAAUGAUUAUUAUUAUUAUUAUUAUUAUUGCAUUAUUGAUAUAAUUAUGUUACGAUCCGCGUAUAAAAUUCUAAAACAAAGAAAAAUUAUUUAUUUUUACGCUAAAAAAUAACGUUUGAUAUUGCCGCAAAAUAUCCCCACGCAUUGUGUCAAAUAAUAAUAGGUGUACCCGCGUGACGUUCCGUCAAAAUUCAACAAUUAUUUUCGUUCCUAUAUAUUAUUAUAUUUUGUAACAUAGAUAUAGUUCAAAGCCGAUUCGGUUGCCAAACUUUCCCCUAUUUUUGUACGCGCUCCCGAUUUGUGUCUCAUGUACGCCAAAAUAUGUCUUGUUUUUAUUUAUAUAAAAUAUUAUGUACGUACGUUAUACUCAAGUACUCAUCUAAUUCUCUCUCCAACUGUCAUUGUGCAUUCGUCUAUUAUCUCUCUCUCUCUCUCUCUCUCUCCGUACACGUUUAAAGUACCUAUUCAAUAAAUAACAUUAUAAUAUAAUAAUAAUAAGCGUGUGCAUAUUGUGUGCCCCAGCGCGCGUGUGUUUAUACAUUGUUAUAGUUGUCCUCCGGAAACGAGUAUUAAUUAUGCAACGAUAUGCGAUUGCCGUGUGUAACCCGGAAAUGCAGUUAGUCGAAUCGUCGUAUUAUACCAUACGAGCCACUCAGAUGGACACCGCACCGACUGAGUCUAUUACUCGUUUUUCUUCCAUCACUAUCAAAAUAUUAUUGUCUAUUGAGGGUGGUCUUUUUUUCAGCUAUUAUUAUAUUAUUUUGUUUUAACAAUAAAUUCGAUAAGGUAAUUAAAAACCAUUCAGCAAUAUUGAAAAGAAAAAUAAUAUACUUCUUUUGAUUUUAUAAUAAUUAUUACGAAACCGGCAGAUAGAUUUUUUUUUUUUAUUAAUUAACCCGCGGCAACUUAGGCCAUUAGGUGGUUUUUAACUGUGUGGGAGGGUACUGUAGGUUUAAACACGUUUAUACAGAUUUUUUAGUGGGUAUCUGCCAUGCCCGGUUGGGGGAUGGGGGCACUUUUCUCCGGACACCAGAUCGAUUUUAUAAUAAUAAUAUAUGAUAUACCGAUUUUUUUCGUUCGAUCGAUUACUGUCAAACAUUUUAGCUAUCAAACUGUGAGUGUGCUCUCUCUCCCCUCUGGCGUUGAUCGAAGCGGGCUUUUCGUAUAUAUAUAUAUAUAUAUAUAUAUAUCGUAUAUUUUCUCAAGAGAAGAACGAGAAAACACGUACGGGAGAUGGUAAUUAAUCGCGUUGAAAACUUUUCCGAUUUGACGACGCGCGACGCCCAUAGAAUUUAUGGGUGACGUGUGCGACCAAAAGCGGUGGCCCAAUCCAAGGUCACGAUUUCUUUUUAGGAUUUCUGAUUAAAAAAGUCUCGCACGCUGCUUAUACGUAUUCUUGCCGGCAGCUUUUAUUACGUCAUACCCGCACUAUUCUACAUAUUGUGUAGGUACGUUUUUUUUUUUUUUGAAUCCACAACGCCGUCUUUACGUUAUUAUUUGACUUUCAUACACACACACACACACACACACACACACAAACACGCUCAAUACCGACGUGUAAAUAAAUAUAACGCACAACACCGUUGCGCACAAAAAUGCCGACCAUUAAUAUAUUAUUUUAUACCGUCGACGACGCCGGGCACGUGCGAUACGCCUUCCGCCGGUCGUCUUUUGAUAAUAAUAACGUAGUAGUCACUGGAUUCGAGUGAACCCCUUUAACACUUUGGGGAGGGGGUACGCGAAGUCAGAAACAUAUUAUUAUCAUUAUUUAUACACGUGGGACCGAACGAAGCGUUUGCUUGUGUAUGUGUGUGUGUGUGUGUGUGUGUGUGUGUGUGUGUGUGUGUACGGCAACGAUAUUGCAUAGUCGUGUAAUAUUGCGGCCUACGAUA